UGUUAUUCUGUAUCGAUUCCCAUCUAGAUUGUACAUUCGAUGAGCGAAACUUGUGACGCACAGAGUAAUAGAAUAUAAAGAUAACCGGUCAUCUUAUUCGAGUUUCCGUCAUAUCGAAAUCAAUUCACAUUCUGUUAACUUGAACUGUUCAUUUGGAAUCAGUUUCUUCUACCUGCAGGUUCAGGUAAAGUGUUUUUCUACUCUUAUUAUAACAACGGAAAAGAAAAAGUUUCCAAGUGAUUCUGUGAAUGUGAAUUAAUCAUCAUCUUCAAUUAAAUUGAUUAUACUUAUUAAAGUUCUGUUCUAUUGAUCUCAACAACAACAACAACAAACAAAUUGUUCUUUUCUUUUUCAUUUUUUUUUUACCAACGGGAAACAAUUCUUCAAUCAUGAGUGUCACCAAUGCCGCUCGAACGAUGAGCAUCUUUUUUCUUACUUUGGUGCUUCUUCAAUUGUGCCUUGUAACUUUCUACGGGAACGAAGUUGACGCUGGUAAGAAGAAGAAACUUAAAAAACUUGCAGCGUUAUUAUUACUUAUGAAAUCAUCGAAAAAACCUAAAUUCGGAAUUUUACCAAUCCCAUUACCGAUUCCAAUUCCUGUCGUUAUCGAUUUGAUGAAGAAAGGAGGUAAAGGUAUGAUGGGCGGAAUGAUGAGCCACAUGAUGGGCAUGAUGGGAGGCCAUGGUGGCGGCGGUGGUGGUGGAGGCCACGGUAUGGGAAUGGGUAUGGGAAUGGGAAUGUCCAUGGGAGGUCAUGGUGGCGGCGGUGGCGGCUACGGUGGAGGAAUGAGUAUGGGAGGUGGUGGUGGCGGUAGCUACGGUGGGGGAAUGAGUAUGGGUGGCGGUGGAAUGUCUGGUUGGGGUGGAGGUAUGGAUAUGAUGGACAUGAUGGACAUGGGUGGUUAUGGAGAUAUGAAUAUGAUGUCCAUGGAUGAUGGUGGAUGGGGAGGUAUGAUGGGCUCCAUGGGUGGUGGAGAUUAUGGUGGAUCUGGUGGAGGAGGAAAUGAUUAUGGUGGUGCCUCCGGUGGUGGAAAUGACUAUGGUGGCUCUUCAGGAGGAUACGGAGGCUCAUCAGGUGGAUAUGGAGGUUCAUCAGGUGAUAGUGGCUACGGUGGAGGUAACUCUGCAGGUAAUUAUGGUGGUGGUAAUUCUGGAUCAAAUUACGGAGGUAACGGUAAUUCAGGCGGCGGUGGUGGUGGUGGUUACGGAGGUGACUCUGGUAACAAUCACGCUGGUGGAACCGGUGGAGGAUAUGGAGGUGGAAAUGAUGGAGGAUGGGGAAUGGGAAAUAUGGCCAUGGGAGGCGGAGGAUCAGGCGGCUAUGGUGGCGGAAGAGAUUGAAUCAGUCCGCUGAAUUUUUCUUAUUAAAACUCAUCAUUUUCAUUGAGCCAUUUUUUUAUUCAUUGUGAUUUCAUAAAUUUCAUCUAAUUUUAUCAAUUGUUUUCUGUGUACAAUUAAUUAUUUUGAUCCAAAAUAAAAUCAAAUUUGUAUCAUAUCAA